AUGCUCGUUAGGAAUAACAGCAGGUGCGAUGCGCCUACAAAACUAGAGGCGCAAGCCUACGCUGUAUGGCUUGCCGGUGUGUGCUCAUUUGAGCUGCGGAAAUGGUCUGAGGCAUUUGAACUGUUGAAGACUGCUCGAACGGUCUAUGAGCGGUGUCGUGAAAUCCAACCCCAAAUUCGACUAUGCGAGUUCAGCUGUGCUGAUGCCACCGCGCAACCGGUUGAUGGAAUGAUGAACGAACUAAUGGAGAUACGCGCUCAGGGUACAGAUAGCGAAGCUGUCGAUCGCCUCAUUGCCGAAAUGCGCUCAAAGGCUACAUGCGACGACGUGGUAGUGGUUGAGUGGGGUGGAUUCAAGUCAACGGUAGAAGACGAUAAGGCGCGACAAGUGGUACAAGGUUGGCGACAAGUCCACAAUGAGCUCGCGCAGUGCGAAACUCCUAAGGAAAGG